UCUCUCCCCCUCUCAGUUUCUCUCUCUCACACACACACAGCUCUCUCUCUCUCUCUCUCCUCCUCUCCCUCUCUCAAAUACUCCCCAUGCCCAUCGCCGUCCUCCUUUGAAGAAGCCAAUGGCCAGCAAUGGCAUGGCGUCCUCUCCCUCCGCCUUCUUCCCUCCGAAUUUCCUCCUCCACAUGCAGCAAGCACCGCCGCAGCAUGACCCCUCCCAAGAACACCACCAGCAGCACCACCACCACCACCACCAUGAGCACCACCUCCCUCCCCCCCAUCCCCAGCACAACCCCUUCCUCCCCUCCCCCCAAUGCCCCUCCCUCCAGGACUUCCGCGACGGUCUGUCGCCAAUGCUGGGGAAGCGCCCGGCGAUGUACGGGGGCGGCGGCGACGGGGGCUGCGGCGGCGACGAGGUGACGGGCGGAGGCGGCGGCGGGGGCGCGAACGAGGAGGAGACGUCGGACGACGGGUCGCAGCUGGGCGGCGAGAAGAAGCGGCGGCUGAACGUGGAGCAGGUGCGGACGCUGGAGAAGAACUUCGAGGUGGCCAACAAGCUGGAGCCGGAGCGCAAGAUGCAGCUGGCCCGCGCGCUGGGGCUGCAGCCCCGGCAGGUGGCCAUCUGGUUCCAGAACCGCCGCGCCCGGUGGAAGACAAAGCAGCUGGAGAAGGACUACGACGUGCUCAAGCGCCAGUUCGACGCCGUCAAGGCCGAGAACGACGCCCUCCUCUCCCACAACAAGAAGCUCCAGUCCGAGAUACUGGGACUGAAGGGCUGCAGGGAGGCGGCGUCGGAGCUGAUCAACCUCAACAAGGAGACGGAGGCGUCCUGCAGCAACCGCAGCGAGAACAGCUCCGAGAUCAACCUCGACAUCUCGCGCACGCCGCCGUCCGACGGCCCCAUGGACGCUCCGCCGUCGCACCAGCAGGGGGGCGGCAGCGGCGGGGGAAUGAUCCCCUUCUACCCCUCCGUCGCACGCCCAUCCGCCGGCGUCGACAUCGACCAUCUCCUCCACGCCUCCGUCCCCAAGAUGGAGCACCACCACGGCGGCCCCGACACGGCCAGCUUCGGCAACCUCCUCUGCGGCGUCGACGAGCCGCCGCCGUUCUGGCCGUGGGCGGACCACCAGCAGUUCAACUGAUCGUCCGGCCCGUCGGCCGGCACGAUACAUAUCUUCGUUGCAGUCAAUGACGUCUGCUUUGCUUGCAUGGUCAGCAAUGAGCGUGCAUAAAUAUUCGAUGCGUUUGGAUUCUUGAUGAGGACGUACGUGCGUACGGUGGAGACGGUUGUACAUGCAUGUUUGAUGAGAGGGGGGUUCAGUUCAUCCAUGAGGUGCCUACUGAAGACGAUGGUGAUGCGAUUUGAGUCAUGGUCAUGGAUCGAUCGAGUUGAUGAUGAAUAGUGGGUGGGGGUACUUGUAGGGGAAUAAGUCCGGUGUGUGUGAAGCGUGUCUAGGUAGAUUUUGGAGUUGAAUAGUACCUACCUUUGGUAUUCUUAUUAUUUUUCUUGUUUUUUUCCCUCUCUUUUUUGUUCCCAUACAUAAAUUUGUGAAUUGUGAGGCGGUGUGUUCAUCCGUUGUUGUAUAGGUUAAUGGUGCAUUUGGUGCUUAUUCCCCCUAUUUAUAUAUGGAUUAUGUGAA